GCCGGUGGGGGGAGGAGAUCGGUGUGGUCUCCGCCUGGGCUGUCCGCUCUGAAAGCCCAAAGGAGCCUCAUCACGGCAGCAAGGCCGAGGCCUCUGGGACCAGGGGCCGGGACGGAGAGCAGGACGGGGGCAGAACACCAGGGCUAACGCUGGAGGAAGUGAGGACAGGGUUCUGAUGAGAGGCUGCUGUCACCAGAGCCGCCCAGCUUGGGCACUGAACGGAGACCUUCCCGGGACAUGGAGGCCCAGCCCCUUGAUGACAGGGACCCGCCACACCUUAGGACGCUGGAGGCGCUGUCCAGUCACCUCUCUGAACAGACUCGAUUGGGUGUAUGGUGCCACCUCUGAUUACUUCCCGGGGGAGAUUCGGAGAGCGAGACCACCAAGUUAAGGGUGCUCACCUUGCAGCCCAGGGUCGCCCCGCGUGGGCGAGUGACGCACUGUCUCGCGGGAGGUAUCACUGUCCCUGUGCUUGCCUGGCGCCUGCAUGCCGCGAGCCUCUCCUGGCGCAACCAGGCCCUCCCACCCCCUCUGCCGGCGUCUUAUGGCCUUAUUUGCUCAGGGUAUCUUAUUCCGUCUGGGAUUUAUUUGGGGCACGGGCCCAUAGGUCAUCCCCCCCAAUUAGCUGACAACGACCUCGGGACUAUUAUGGGCACUCCCUUCUUUCCCGAGGACGUGCUGCAGCAUGUGUAUCUCAGGGCAGAGCCUUCUAGGGGAGGUGCCUCACCUUCCUCUGGCCUGUGGAUCCGAGGGACUGUUUUCUGGGGUCAGAACCAGCUGGUUGGACGGACGAUGGCUCCAUAAUUACGAUCUCUUCCCGUCUGAAAUGUCCUUGUCUGUUGUAUGUGUUUGUUGCUGUGGCAUAACAAAUGACCCCACGGCCUAGUGUCUUAAAACAACAAACAUUAAUGAUCUCUCACAGUUUGUGGGUGGUUCUCCUUCAGGAUCUCUUAGCUGGUACCAAGCAGGCACCAAAGGCUGGACUGGGCCGGUGGCCUCCGUUCCUCACACACGGGCCUCUGCACAGGGCUGCUCCCAACACGGCAGCGGUUUCCCCGGAGACGGGAGCAGUGAAGGUGGGAGUCUUGAGACCUACUUGACAUCAAGACUUGGAAGGUCACUUCUGCCCUGACCAGGAAUCCAACUGCUCAUAGGUCGACGCUCAACCACCAAGCCAGGCUAGCCGGACCCUUGGUUGACUCUUCUGCGUGCCCUGACCAGGGACCAAAUCUACCACCCUGGUGUAGUAGGACGACGCUCUAACCACUGCACUACCCGGCCAGGGCAGCUGGGGCCUUCCUGGGGAAAGGUGGGCUUGUGCUGAACCUGCGCAUCGGUGCACAGGUGCCGGGUUCAUUCCGGCCACGAGGAGGGAUACUCUCACUGCCUCUGGCAGCGGUUUUCUUCUCUGUGCCCUGCACACGCUUACGGCCAGCGAGAGCACAGGGCUCCCUCUCUCCCGUGUGUUUCUAACUCACCGGGAAGCCCUGGGGUUCACCUUGUUCUGGGUCUGGUCACCUCACUGAAGUCUGCCGUGUGGGCAGGGGCUCUGAGGUCCUCAGACGGGCCCUACCAGGCCAGUGUCUGCUGCAGGGGACCUGCUCCCCACACAAGAGCUGCUAGUGGGCCGGGGCUCAGGCUGCUGAGCAUCAGAGUCACCUGGAAUGUCGUGAAAAGCACCAGCUCUCCCCGCACCAGCCGAGGCCGAGGGGCUCAGAAUGGGCGGGGCUGCCCCGGAACAACACGUUCAUAUAAACCCCCAGGAAGCAGGGUGUCUACUGAGGCGCUUUCUCCCUCCUUCCGGGCCGCAAACCUGGGUGUGAGCCUCCACCUCACCCCUCUCCUGGCAGCCCACCCCAACCCCAUGUCCUCCCAGAACCCAGGAUGCUGUGAGGCACCCCUGCUGGCCUUGGUCCAAACCCCUGCUGGGAAACUUCGGUCCAGAGGCGGAGGGACUUGCCCCAGGACACAGCGAGUGGGCAGGGAUGUCCCAGUGAGGUGUCCUGGGCCCUGCCCAGUGCUCUCCUGAGCACCUGAGCCAGAAGACCACCUCUGCGGCCAGGCCUUGUCCACCGCCCCCACAUCCUGGCCCCUCUGUUGCCCGGCCCUUAGAACAACGAGGUCCUGCAGGCAGCACAGGGAUGGAGUCAUCGAAUGCCCACGUUUCCUGGCGUCCCCCCCAACACCUCCCCGGGCUCACGCAGCCCCAGGCAGCUCCCAUCUGGCUCCAUCAGACAUGCUUUGGGGCCAAGAGCUGGGAAGCAGCGUGGAGGUGUUUGUGGGAGCCCAGAGUUGGCGCUCUGCUCAUUGGAACCUGCUCCUUGAAUAAUGAUCGCAGGUGGGCAAGUGUCACUGUGGUCUCAGGACAGAGGCUCCCCCCCCCCCCCCACACACACACACAGGACCUCAGUCUGCCCUGACCGUGACCCUGGGGGGGCAGGUCAGUGCUGCACCCGUUUGCAGAGGAGGAAGCGGAGGCUCUGCAGGGUAAGGAUGGUGACGCCGAGAUGAGGACUCGGGUCUUGGUGCCCACCCAGAGCUGGGACCCGCUCUGGGCACAGGCAGCUCUCCCCGGGGCAGCAAGCACAGCGUGAAGACCAGCCAGGAAUGGGAGUCUUUAUUCAGCAAAUCUGUGUCCUCCUUUCUGGGCCCGGCAGCCUUGGCCGCCCAACACUCCGACUACAUCUCCCAGGCGUCUCUCCCUGUGGGACCCCGAGUGGGCUGGCUGGGAGGGCUGUUCCAUCCCACGACUCGUCUGCUGUGCUUGUCGGUCGGGGCCUGGCUGCAGGGAGGGGGCAGCCAGAGGAAGUCCUGAGGCCCCUCCCCGCACACUGCCUAUUGGGCCCUGGAACAGCUGCAGGGGACCCUCCCCAAGUCCCCUGGGCAAACCCCACAGCCUGGGGCCCAUCGUCCUGCUGCCCCAGGGCCCGGACAAACCAUUCGGGGCUCGUCCGCACCACCUGUUCACGAGAUGCUCUGUUCACCGGAGGCUCCCUGGGGGCACCCACCCCCUUUCUCAGCUUCUCACGGAGAAGGGUGUGGGUGACACCUGGGCGGCCACAGGAGAGGCUGAACCUCAUCGUGGCCGGGCUAGUGUGCCCCCCCCCCCACAAGUUCUCUGGAUCUGGCAGCCCACUUUUGAGGGCGGGCAGUGCCCCUCUCUGCUCAGAGACCUUUUCUGCCACUGCCUGCAUCACAGCCGUCCCUGCUGCCUGGGCCACGUGGUGUGGGCAGGGCUGUCAAACUGAGGACAGGAGCCCCACAGGGAACCAGGCCCCCUGGGACCCCGGGGUGGGUGCGUGUGUCGGCAGGUGGCUGUGGGUGACCGGUAUGCACCCGUGUGAGCACCUCCCUGAGCCGGGGAAUUCCGAGGGCAGUUCUGACAGGAAGGCCUCUGCCAUUGGCUCCUGUUCUCUCCACCCUCCACCCCCCAGCUCCUCUCGCAUUUCCCAGAAAGAGAGGCCAAGGGACGUGGAGGGGCAGCCUGAGCUCAGCAGGAGAAACCGAGGCCGGACCCUGCAGGGCCACCAGCCCCAGAGAAACCGAGGGGCAGGACACUCAGGCACUGGGAGGAGGACCCACGAGAACAUGGGCUGGCACCCAGGUGCACAGGGGACAGCCGGGCAGAGGGACCUGGGGCUGGGACAGGAGUUGGUCAACUUCGGGGCUGAAGGAGAGCACAGCGGAGAGGCCUCUUGGGGCCGGUGGUGA